GGGGCUCACACAGCGCAGGGCAGGGAAGCUUCGGGUCGGUCCGGGAGUAAAGAGAACCAUCAAUGGCUGCACAAUGUGUCACCAAAGUGGAGCUGAGCAUAUCCUGCACCAGUCUUUUAGAUCGAGAUGUCAGCUCCAAGUCGGACCCGCUAUGUGUCCUGCUAUUGAACUCCAGUGGAAACCAAUGGUUUGAGAUUGGCAGGACAGAAAGGAUUAAAAACUGCCUGAACCCAAAGUUCUCCCAAAAGUUUCUUGUCGAUUACUACUUUGAAGUGGUCCAGAAGCUGAAGUUUGGAAUUUAUGACAUCGACAAUAAAACUGUUGACUUGGGCGAUGAUGAUUUCUUGGGAGAAUUUGAAUGUACAUUGGGACAGAUUGUUGCCUCAAAGAACCUAACCAGGCCCCUAGUACUAAAAAAUGGAAGGCCGGCAGGAAAAGGAUCCAUCACGAUAUCAGCGGAGGAAGUGAAGGAUAACAGAGUGAUUCUGUUUGAAGCUGAAGCAAGAAAAUUAGACAAUAAGGACUUUUUUGGCAAGUCUGACCCUUACCUGGAAUUCCACAAACAGACGGAGAAUGGGAGAUGGCAAAUGGUUCACAGAACAGAAGUGAUUAAGAACAAUUUGAAUCCUGUCUGGAGACCCUUCAAGAUCCCCCUUCAGUCUCUCUGCAAUGGUGACAUGGAAAAACCAAUCCGGGUUGAAUGUUAUGACUACGAUGAUGAUGGCUCUCACGACCUCAUUGGGAUCUUUGAAACAACCAUGUCCAAACUCCAGCAAGCUUCUCGCUCCUCGCCGAUGGAAUUUGAGUGCAUAAAUGAGAAGAAGAAGAAAAAAAAGAAAGGCUACAGGAAUUCCGGGAUAGUGAGUGUGAAGCACUGUGAGAUGACAAAGGAAUACUCUUUUCUGGACUACAUCAUGGGAGGCUGUCAGAUGAACUUUGUUGUUGGAAUUGACUUCACAGGAUCAAAUGGCGACCCUCGCUCUCCAGACUCUCUGCACUUCAUUAGCCCUAAUGGUGUUAAUGAGUAUCUCACAGCUAUCUGGUCUGUCGGGUGUGUUAUUCAGGAUUAUGAUACUGAUAAAAUGUUUCCAGCAUUUGGUUUUGGAGCUCAGAUCCCCCCCACAGGACAAGUUUCACACGAGUUCCCAAUCAAUUUUAACCCUUCAAAUCCUUUCUGUUCAGGGAUCCAAGGAAUAGUUGAUGCCUACAGAAGUUGCCUUCCUCAGGUUAAGCUUUAUGGGCCCACCAAUUUCUCUCCAAUAAUCCAUCACGUUGCUCGGUUUGCAGGUGCAGCCACACAACAAAAGACUGCUUCACAAUACUUUGUGCUUCUGAUCAUCACCGACGGAGUCAUAACAGAUCUUGAUCAGACCAGACAGGCCAUUGUCAAUGCUGCAAAACUCCCCAUGUCUAUAAUAAUCAUCGGCGUUGGGGCGGCUGACUUCAGCGCCAUGGAAUUUCUGGACGGUGACAAUGGAAUGCUCAGAUCUCCCACGGGGGAGGCAGCUAUCAGAGACAUCGUACAGUUUGUCCCCUUCAGACAGUUUGCACAGGCUCCAAAGGAAGCCCUGGCUCAGAGUGUAUUAGCCGAAGUGCCCCAGCAGGUGGUUUCCUACUUCAGUACGUUCAAGCUCAAACCACCGAAUGACCCUGCUGCAAAAUGCGAGAGCUCUGAGAAAGCAAAUCCUAUGUGACUGUAAUUCCAUGUCCAACCUUUCUCUCUGUCUUACUCCAUAACCACCAAGUUUUCAUAAAACCUUCACAAAGUAAAUUCCACAGUGUAACUAAUGCUGUGCUCGUCCCUGUAUAUAACCACUGUAUAUAAAUAAAUAUUCCUACAAAAA